CGACUUGGUACCAACACAGCACCACAACAGCGCUAGAAAUCAAACAGAAGAAAGUCAAGAUGUACAGCAAUCAAAGGACAUUUUUGGUGGUCAUGGGAGUCGUGAUUGGUUUGAGUGUAAUGGUCAGCGCAUCGCCUAGUCCUAAAAAGUACAAUCCAGAUGAAGGAUUCCAACCAAGCGUGCGCUAUUUCGAACAGCAAAUCCAGAAUGACACAACACCUGAAAAACACAGUAAAGCAUCCACCAAGGAUGAACCUUUAGAUCGUCUUCAGCGUUUUGGCACAUCAGCCCUUUCAAACUUUGGUAAUACCGGAAGUGGAGUGGGUUACCAGAACAACGGCAUGGCUUACGGAAUGGCACCACUCAAAAUCGAUAUCGGAGGCAUUGCACUUGGCGCAUUGAUUGGUUUGGGCGCCAUUUUGAUUGUUCCUAAACUAGCCAAUGUCUUCUCCAAUGGCGGCGGCGGUUAUGGUUACAGAAGCCUAGAAAACGACAUGUCUUCCAUCACAGACCUCUUAGCUAAGGUUGACAACUCCCUGGAACAACACAACAUCGACAGCAGUUCUUGUAUGCAACGCAUCAUCUGCUCAUAUGUCAAUGAAGCUCAGAAAGGAGUUGAAAACGGAAAAGCUAAUACCGUUGAUCAAUUGGUCUAUGCUGUUUCUAACAAUUCACUCUUCUCCUACCUUUUGGAUGGGUCAACGAUAAAACAAGCAAUUGACAUGGGCAAACAAAAUGAUCUUGAAAAAUGCGCAUCGCUGUAUACCAAGUGCCCGGUAAGCAAAGACAACGUGAUGCAGAUAAUCAGCACGCUGUUACCAGCCUAAACGUAAACUUACAGCGCUCAUUGCAUUUGCAUAGAUAAUUAAAGAUGGCGGCCACCGCCGGCUUGGCCAGCCGGAAGGGGCGCGCUUGUUUGUAAAUUCUGUAGAUGCCUUGCUAAAAAAACUUAAUUUUUGUUUGUAUGCUCAGCGCUCGUUGUGUAACUCUUGCACACACAUCUUAGUUAUCUAGUUAUCAUAACGUAAUCUAAGAAUAUGUUUAUGUAUAUUGUUUGUUUGAA